UGGAAGUGUUGAGAAACAGCCCGCUCAGCUGAUUGGUAAGCACUUUGUGUGGGUUUGUUUCACAUUUAAAAGGAAGCAGCACAACUGGUCUGAACAGCGUUGAGUCAACAGCUGGAGACGCUCUGAGCUGCAGAGUUCUGAUCAUCCUUCAAGAUGGAAUUUUUUGAAGAUUAUUCCUUUGAUUCCUAUGACUAUAACUACACCGAUGGAUUCAACGACACGCCUCACGAGGAGACGGUUUUCACACACCAAUCGUCAUGCUUGAUGGAAGCGUUGUGCGUGGCUUUACUUGUGAUCACCGUCUUAAUUUUUCUGCUGGGCUUCUGCGGGAACGCUUUGGUCAUCUGGAUCUCUGGCUUCAAGAUGAAGAAGACGGUGACCACCACCUGGUACCUGAGCCUCGCCAUCUCCGACUUCGUCUUCUGCGCCUUCCUGCCGUUCAGCAUCACCAACAUGGUCAUGGAGGAGUGGAUCUUCGGCCGCUUCAUGUGCAAAUUCGUCUCCUCUGUGAUGUUCCUCAACAUGUUCAGCAGCAUCUUCCUGCUGGUCGUCAUCAGCGUCGACCGCUGUGUGUCCGUCGUGUUUCCAGUUUGGGCGCAGAACCAACGCACUGUGAACAAGGCGUCCGUCAUAGUUGUCUUCGCCUGGGUUCUCGCCAUCGCUAUGAGUUUUCCCUCUGUGAUCUUCCGUGAAGUUGGCACUCAUUUGGGUCGCACCAUUUGUUACAACAACUACACAUGGGACCAGUACAGUCACAAAACUGUGGCGGCGAGCCGCUUCCUCGCAGGAUUUAUCGUCCCUUUCAUCAUCAUCAUCAUCUGUUACUCCAUCAUCAUCCUCAGACUGCGCAACAACAGGCUGAUGGCCAAAUCCUCCAAACCCUUCAAAGUCAUGACGGCGCUCGUCGCAACGUUCUUCAUCUGCUGGCUGCCGUACCACGUGUUCGUGCUGCUCGAGCUGAACGUCGAAAACCUCCACGACCACCACGGCCUUUUGAUCACCGGACUCAAAGUGGGGACUUCUCUGGCUGCGGCAAACAGCUUCCUCAACCCGGUGCUGUACGUGUUCAUGGGCAAGGACUUCAAGCAGAAGUUCAAGAGCUCCGUGCUGUCAAAGAUGGUGAACGCCAUGGAAGAGGAAGGCCGCACCACCAGCAGGUAUCUGUCCAGGUCCAGCUCGAUGGACACCAGAGCCUCCACCCACAUCUAGACAUUACUGCUCCGCUGGUUCUCCAGUUAAGAGCUCAAAUACUCCUUUUAAGUAUUUAAUUAUUUGUCUCUUAAACAACAUAUGAAAUGUGUUUUUGCUCGUGAAAACACGCUCUGUAUAGAUUGAGAGUGUCAUUUUUUGCGUUUUUCUUUUAAAGACAAUUUAAACGUGUAAAAUAGUUCAGGAAUGUGCACGUGAGCCAACAUCCUCUGCUUAUCUGGUGUUGCAGGAUUUGUUCCAUUGAUCUCCUCCAGCAGGACGAAUGUAAAUACACACAUGUUAUGUAUAUUAAGUCGUGCAAUACAUGGAUUGUUAAAUAUGAGGUGUACAUGUUUCAAUAAUAAACACAAAAUGUUUAUUUUACUUAUAUUCAGUGUAUCUGAAGCAUUUUGCACGUAUUUGUGAUGGUGUCAUAUGUAACUUUGUGUUUGAUUUCAGACCAGGGGUGUAGUAGUGGGAGGAAAAGUGGGAACCCCAAUGGAGGAAGGGGUUCUUAUCAUUAUGUUACAAAUCAAGUGUAAAUAGUGAAGUAUAUGUAUAAAUCUAAAGGUUUUAUUUUGAUUUGUUUCUCUCUAAGUCAUGAAUGUUGUAGCAAGUUGAAAAAAAAGUUGAUUAAAUGAACAUGAUUCUUAAAGGUCAAAUAAUAAACUUCUUUUCAACCAGUUUAAAUAAGUCUCAGAGCUCCUCAAAACAUGUGUGUGAAGUGUCUUGAUCCUGUAUCUGAUCAUGUCUAUAAACCCCUCUAUUUCAGCCCUGCUCAGAACAGGCUGUUUCUGUGUCUGUACCUUUAAAUAUGUAAAUGAGCUGUGUCUGACCACACCCCCUCUCUAGAAGGGCGUGGGUGUACUCGGUCUUCUCGCUCCAUGUCCUAUUGUUUACGGUGAGAAGGCAGAUUCAGAGGGCAGAACAAACACGUAGCUGUGGGAGUGUCACCCACCUGGGGGAGGGGCUACUGCCCUUUGUGAUGUCAUGAAGGGAAAAUCUCCAAACGGCCUGUUUGAGCACACAUUUUCUGAAAAGUGGAGCAGACAAAAGAUGGAGAGGAUGGACUUUUCUCAUCAUUGGGGGGUUUGUAGACAGGCUAGAGACACAUAUUAGAGUUAGAGAAACAUGGUGAAGUGUAUAUGACCUUUAACUCUUUCUUAACUCUGAACAUAAAUAUAUUUAAAAAAUCUUUUAGAUGCUUAAAAACAAUCCAAAAACUAAAAUAUGCAUAUUACAUGGUUUAAUUCAUUUUAUUUGCACUGCAAUAGAGUUUUAAAGUGUUGGACACAAUGUUUUGUGUUUUUCCAACAAUGAGUGGAUUUUGUGCAAAACAAAUGUUUGCAAUGGAUUCAGAAUCCUGAAAAAAAACAACCUAGUUUGACCCCUUACAAGCUACGUAAGGCAGAGGUUAACAUAUUCAAUGUUUCACCAAUAAGGUUCCAGGUUUCCCAACAUUGAGCAGCUCUGACAUAUUUUCCUUCAGGAGUUCAAUUCAAUUAUUUUUACAUGUGUUAAAAGACACAUUUAAGAACACAUUUGUGAAGAAGUUUCUUAGUAAGGAAUUUAUUUCCAGAUUUUUGCACUAUUCCCUUUAUACCUGUUUAAACGAUUUACUCACAAGCUCUGAUUCUUUCAAUUUUUUAAAAUGCAGAAACCACUCAGGGAUGUGUGCUUCUUCUUUGACUUUUCACAGGAACAUUAUUAGAGACAAACAAAUUGCUUGCACUCUUCCACCUAAGUACCUUGACUAUGAUUCAAAAUGAAUCAUUACAUGACAUGAAAUGGUAUCAUCAUAUUUCAAAUGAACGCAAAUUACAAAUCGAAUUUGCAACUCUUGCAGGAUUUGUGUAUAAAUUGUUUUUAGUUUUUGGUUUUAAUAAGUAAGAUGCAUGUUGUUCUUACUCUCUGAUGUACGUCGCUUUGGAUAAAAGCAUCUGCUAAGUGAAUUGUAGCAUAACAAUUUAACAGGAGGAGAAACAGUAUAAGGUGGCAAACCACAGCUUGCAAGGACUGCUGUUGACUUUUCUGCGACUCAGACAGAAAAGAAGUCGCUGCUCUGAAGGCUUUAAUCUCUUAGGAUAUCUUUCUGUGACUUGUGGAUGUAUCUCUCAGGGAAGCUCUCAUAAUGGUGAACAAAACAUGAGCAGCCAGAUUUUAUUUUUAUCAACCUAUGUGUGUUUCUUUUGUUUCUGUUUCAUGCAAUAAAAGUUGGACUUCCA